AUGGAAUCCUUCUCUUCACAAGAUUCCUUUGAAUUCGACGAGGUCGAUGACGAACAGCUGGACGCUGUCCUUAAUGUUACCGGCGCGUCCAAUCACAAAGGUACGAGGGAUCACCUGCCAGAAUAUGUAGAAGUACAACCUCAUCCACCACCUCCAUCCGCUUCUACAAUCAGCAAACACUUGAACUAUGACAACCUGGAUACAAUUGUCUAUCCAACAAACCUCCAGAUGCGGGACUAUCAAUACCAGAUUGUCCAAAGGGCGCUGUUUGAAAACACAUUGUGUGCCAUUCCUACAGGUUUGGGUAAGACUUUCAUUGCAUCCACGGUGAUGCUGAAUUUUUUCAAUUGGACAAACAACUUGAAAAUCAUCUUUAUGGCUCCUACAAAACCGUUGGUGGCACAACAGAUCAAGGCCUUCCUCCAAAUCUCGGGCAUUUCUAUGGCAUUCACUGAUAUCUUGCUAGAUAGAACAAGGAGAAAUAGGAGACAGAUUUGGGAUUCGAAACGUGUCUUGUUCACGACUCCGCAGGUUGUUGAGAAUGACUUAAAGUUUGGAAUUCUGGACCCAGUAAACGUGGCUCUCCUGGUCAUUGAUGAAGCCCAUCGUGCAACGGGGAAUUAUGCAUACACCAAUGUCAUUUCGUUCAUGAAUAGAUUCAACUCUUCCUUUAGAGUCUUGGCCUUGACUGCCACUCCUGGUUCAGAUGUUGAAGCAAUACAGAAUGUUAUAAAAAAUCUAAACAUUAGCAGAAUAGAACUAAGAACAGAAAACGACCCUGAUAUUGCCAAAUACAUCAAGACAAAGACAAUUGAAAAAUUGGAUUGCCCUAAAACUGAUGAAAUAGACACAAUUGUAAACUAUAUAUGCGAAGCAAUACAACCGGUAUUGCAAAAGGCUAAUGAUGCUGGCAUCUAUGAUAUCACCGACCCUGCCAAAAUUAAUCAUUUUAUGGCCAUGGAAAAAUCUCAAAAGAUUAUAAAAAAUCCAAAAUUAUCCGAAGGUUUGAAAUGGUCCUAUUACUUCAUUCUACAGUUAUUAGGAACAGUAGGUCAGUGUCUUAGAAGGCUCAACAUUUAUGGAGUUAAUGUCUUCUACAAUUACUUUUUGGAAAAAUACACAGAAUUCACCACAAAAUUCAGUAACAAAAAGUCAACUAAUAAAUUGGCAGCUUCUUUUUACUAUCAUGAUCAGAUAAUAGAAAUGAAAAAAUAUGUGGAACGAUUACUCGAGAAUGAUUUACAAAACAACAGUAAGGAUCAUAUUAAGGGAGAAUUUGCACAUACUAAAUUACAAUAUACAGUUAAAGAAUUGACAACUUUUUUUCAAGAGAGCAAACAAUCAUCCUCUUCGUGUAUUAUAUUUACCGAAUAUCGUGAGUCUGCACUAGAAAUUGUCCGUGUAUUAGAAAAUGCAAAUACAGCUAUUGGUGAAGAGUUGCUUCGACCGCACAUUUUCAUUGGCCAAUCAAAGGAAAAAGACAAAUUUGAUCAGGAUGCAUACUUGAUGAAAAUUCUUCCUAAAAAGAAGAAAAAGGCUUUAGAAGAAAAGAAGAAUAAGGCAAAUGGGAAGGAAACAAUCGAUGGUAAGGAAAAUACACUUGAACCUAGGGAUGCAGAACGAUUAGGUAGUUCGGAAAUGGCUCAGUUGAAGGGUAUGAACCAAAAAUCACAAAAGGAAUUAAUUCAGAACUUCAAAAAUGGUACCUAUAAUAUCCUUGUCGCCACAUCUAUCGGUGAAGAGGGUUUAGAUAUAGGUGAGGUUGAUCUCAUUGUGUGUUUUGAUUCUACCCAGUCACCAAUCAAGAAUAUUCAAAGAAUGGGUAGGACUGGGCGUAAACGUGAUGGUCGUGUUCUUUUACUGUUCAGUUCCAAUGAAAGAACAAAAUUCGAGAGUGCCAUGGGUAAAUAUGAAUGGAUCCAAAACCAGAUUAAGAACUCAUCAAGUUUCCAAUACUUUGAUGCUGAAAAAAAUCGUAUCGUUCCUCAAAAUAUAACGCCAAAGGUUGAAUUGAGGUACAUAACAAUUCCUCAAGAAAACGAGCACCUACUAACGGAGUCAGAUAUUGUAGAUACUGACGAAUUUAUUAAACUCGCAGCACAGACAAUACAGAAAAAUGGGAAGCCACCAAAGAAACGUAAAAUCUUAGGUAAGAAAGCUUCAAAGGAUGAUAACAAACAAACGAAAUUAGACAAGGUAUUCUUUAUACCGGCAAAUGCACAGGAAGGAUUCAAGCCUGCAUUGUCUUUGGUCAAGCAAGUUCGCCCAGGAACGGCAAUUAAGCAACUACCUGCACUGAUAAUUAAACCACAGGCAAAGCCAACUUUGGGUCCUCUGCCUUCAUCUUCAGGCGCUAAUGAGAGCAUUGAUCUAACUAUUAACUCAAGUGAUGAACAAACCAAUGAAGGCCAAACCGAAGGCGAUAAAACAAGUGAUAUUAGUGGUAAUAUCCUACCAAGAGCUUCUAAUCAACCACAUGGUGUGUCGAAAGAAGGGGAUAAGUUAAAUAUCAAUUUUGAUGAUUUCUCUGAAGAUGAAUUCUCCGAUGUGUCAUUUUCUGAUAUUUCGAAAAAUGCUGUUACCCUUGGAUCCUCCCUUCCUGCAAAGCGUCCAUUUACUGACCUUUCUUCUGAUAUCUUUUCCGAUGGUAUUGAUGACGAUGAACUGAUCAGACAACUAGAAAAGAAUGAAGUUGUGGAAGAUCAACCGAGACCAGCAAAAAGAUGA